GAGAAGCACGUGAAAAGAGGUUUUUCCUGCAAGCCCGUGAAGUUCUUGUUACGGUGGCCGCCGCCGGCGUUUACCCAAUUCAGAGAUCCAGCUUUACCUUGGAAAAUGAAAUCGAGUAAAGGGCAUCAGGAAGACGAGGAAGAAGAUUAUGAAGAUUUCGGUGCCAAGAAAGAUAAUACGGCUUCUUCCAAUACCAGCAAAGCAGAUGGGAAGAGCAGUGAUAAGGCUAAUGCAACUAGGUCGAAGCAUUCAGUGACAGAGCAGCGUCGAAGGAGCAAGAUCAAUGAAAGAUUCCAAAUAUUGAGGGAUUUGAUACCAAACAGUGAUCAGAAGAGAGAUACAGCAUCAUUUCUACUGGAGGUGAUAGAAUAUGUUCAGUACUUGCAGGAAAAAGUACAUAAGUACGAAGGAUCAUACCAAGGUUGGAACGCAGAGCCCACAAAAUUAAUGCCUUGGAGAAAUAGUCAUUGGCGGGUCCCAAAUUUUGGUCAACCUCCCGUUUUAAAGAGUGAUUCUGGACAGGCUCCAUCUUUUCCUGUUAGGUUUGAUGAAAAUGUCUCGGUUGCCCCGGCCGUCAACACAACAACCCCACAGAAUCCUGUUAGUGGAGAUGUGAACUGUAAUUUGAUGGAUUCACAACCUGAGUUGUUAGCAAGUAAGACAACAGUCAUGCCUAUGCCUAUGCCGAUGCCGAUGCCGAUGCCAAUGCCAUUGCCAAUUCCUGUACAAGCAAGCAUGCCUGUCCCUAUACAACAGCAACUUGACGGUGCAUUUUCCCAUCCGACCACCCUUCAAGGGUCGGUCUGUAAUGUGCAGUCAACAGAUGGUGAUGCAAAUCAGCAAGAGGAGCUGACAGUUGAAGGGGGGACAAUUAGCAUUUCAAGUGUUUAUUCUCAAGGGUUAUUGAAUUCUCUGACACAAGCAUUACAGAACUCAGGUGUGGAUUUGAGUCAGGCGACCAUAUCCGUACAGGUUGAUCUUGGGAAACGAGCAAACAGAGGCAUUGGCAAGGAUGAACAGGAAGAAUUUAGCAAUGGAGACAAGUCGUCAUCGGAUCAAGCUCAAAAGAGAUUGAAGACGUGACACAAGAAACAAAUUGUUACGAAUAUUGUACAUGUUGGGUAGUUGGAGAAAUCUGUCUUGUGUUGUGUUGUAGAAACAGCUGCUGCAUGUAUUGCAGUUUCUGCUUGGUUACGUGACAAAUAAUCCAAGAAUUUAUUAUUAUUAUUACUAUUUUUUAGUGGAAUUUGUAUUGUUGGAGCUG